CUUGAGCCAAUGUUUGUCACGAAAACUGCACACAGAUGGGACGAAAGUCCACUAAAGAACCUUAAUUCACGUUGGAAAGACACUCUUCUUCAAUGUUUUAAGACCACUCCAAGCACCAAGCACGGGAUGUCUGUAGAGCUACAUACAGAAAUCACAAUAUGAAAUAUGUGAGCAUGGUGUAAUGCUCCAGGUUUAGCAUAUUGAUAAUGCCACCAUUGUGCUAGGAGAGUGUCAAACUUAAAAUAGGAUUCUUCAAAGAUGUUCAGAAGAAAUAGAAUGACCAAAAGUUUAUAUGAAAGCAGAUUUCAGUUUGGAACAGUGCAAUCUAGUAGACAUUAACUUUGGGGAUAAACAUAUGCUGUGACAUCAUGGCUGACGGAUUCUGUCAAGCAUUGCUGCGUAUUUCCAUGGCUCAGAUCUGCCAGGAACUAGGAUGGCAUUCCAUACAUUCAACCCCAUGUGACCUUCUGACUGAUGUCUUGCAGAGGUACAUCCAACAACUUGCCACAGUCUCCCACUGUUAUGCAGAACAAUAUGGAAGGACAGAGCCCAACGUGGAUGACCUUGGCCUGACCUUCAGACAGAUGGGAGUCAGUCUGUACGAGCUAGAGAACUACAUCAGGGAUGUGGAUCCUAUCCCGUUUAAGCAUGACAUCCCUCAGUUUCCUUUGCGUAGACAGAAUGAUCUCCAGCACCCUAAACCAGGGAGCAGGGAUGACAGGGAGAGGCUGCAGUACAUCCCCGCUCAUCUACCACCUAUCAUUGGGUUGUCUGAUGACUUUGGAGCACCCAUUGGUCAUCACAGAGAUAGCAUCAUGUCUGUAUCGAUGGACACUGAUAGUCCAGAGUCUAGGCUAAUCUCACCCAUGGGAGGCAGCCAUACAUCUCCUAGGGGCGAGAAGAGAGACACCUCUAGUCCUCUGUUCAGUGAUCAGGCCAUGAAGAGGCUCCGUCUGGAUGGGGAUGGCACACCGCAGGAGCUCACAGCAGUGCUGAUUGGCAUUGGAGGAGAGCUUACUCCAAAGAGAGAAGGCAAGCUUCCCAUCGCCACUACACCACCACAACGUGUGCUCAAAGCUGCCUUGGGUGGGGAUGGAACUCCUAUCAGAGCCAACAAGGCUAUAACAGAUGGACUCCUUAAUCGAUCAGAGGAAACAAUCGUUGACAGGUUGCAACAGAAAUCUCCCAAGGGAGUCAAGAAGACCACAGCUGAGCCAAAGUCUCCUAAAUCGGCAAAGCCAGCAGCGACGCCAAAGCAGAAAACUCAAACAAAGUCUUCAAUGUUUUCUCCAUCAUCCAAGUACCCGAUAGUGAAGUCCAAGACCUCUGGCACACCAGGGAUUGGAGAUAAAGCCGGAGAGUUCCUUUUUCCUCCACCAAAGAGUCCUAAGUUGUCUAGUUCAGCUAACAAGAAACAACAGGAGAAGCUUCAAGAAGCUGUGAAGAAAGAAAAAACAGUGCCAUCUGUGUAUGACUUUGAUGAUGAUGAGUUUGAUAGUAAACCAUCAAAGGACCCUACACUGUCUCCAUCUGAUGCUAAAGGAUCUUUCAAUGAUCCCUUGUCGCUUGAUGCAGAUAUUGAGCAAUCAAAGAACCCUUCACAAAACUCAGAUAGUUACCGUGGAAAAAGUGAUGUGGUCGCAAAGGCCAAGCAAGACAGAGACAGGAGUUUAUCUCCACUCAGUGAGAAUCUACUCAAAUCUAAGAAACCUGAGAAGGAUAAGAAAAAGUUAGGAAGUAAGGACAAGUCAAAAAUAAAACAUAAACUGAAGAGCAAAAAGAGUAAGGAUGAUGUACAGAGCUAUUAUGAUUCUGUUGGAUCAUCGGACAAGAAGCACACCACACCUAAAGCUGUGAAGAGGAAAAAUUCAUCGUCAACAGACGGGAAGACGCCAAAGUUGGUCAUCAAAACAGAAAGGAAAACUUCUGGAAAUGAUGAGAUGAGAGUGAUCAAGAAGAAAUUCAAGAAAGUCAAAGAAAAGGACAAACAGAAACAGCUGAAGGUAAAAAAGCUGAAGCAGAAGAGCAUUGAUAUAAAGAUAAAAUCCAAAGCUUCAAAGCAUGGCAUUGCACCCAGUUCCAUGAAACCACAAGAAGACUCAAGUCCAGAGAAACGUCUACCAAUUGGAAAAUUGAGUCUCAUCAAGAGUGCUGGCUCCAAACUUCAAUUCAAGAUUGCCGUUCCACAAUCAGAGAAGAAGGAUGUGGUUAAAGAAAAGUCUAGAAAACCAGAUAAGGCGAAGAUUUCAGACAAGGAAAAGCCUAAAGUGAAGAGACUGAAGACCAGCUCAAGUGAGUUAGACUCUUCAGACAGAGAGAAAAAGAGCUCCAAGGACAAGAAAAAGACUCCAAUAUCUAAGGACAAGAAAAAGGAAUCAUUUAAAAAGGAUAAAGAAGAGGUGGUGUCCACGCCAACUAUCCCCAAGAUCACCUUCAAAUUGGGUGCUGCACCUGCUGGAGGGGAUACCCCCAAAAUUGUCAUCAAGACUACAACAGCACCUCCACCAAGUGUCUCGACUCCCACAGUUCCCAAGCUAUCCAUUUCUGUACCAAGCAAGAAGAGCAAAGACACAUCCAAGUCAUCCUCCAAAUCAGUCGCUUCACCCAAGACUGAGCCAAAGUCCAAAGGAGAAAGCAAGACAAAGACAGACUCCAAACCUAAGGCAGAGUCGUCCAAGAAAGAGAAAGUUGAAACCAAGCCGAAAGCUGAGACCAAAUCAUCGAAGACAUCGAAGAAGAUAGAGAAGGAGCCUGAGAGAGAGACGGAGAAGGUGGAGAAGGAGAAGAAGGUGAAAGAAAAGCCAAUAAAGAUCAAGGUAGAUACCAAGCCUAAGGCAGAGGUAUCUCCCUAUGACUUUGAUGCUCCAUCGCCACCACCACCGACCAUCAAGGUGAAGAAGGAGUCAUCAUCCACCCCUGCGAGGAAGGAACCUGUUCCUGGUAUCUUUGCCCCUUCAGUGCCAUCCCCACCACCAAGCAAGUCAUCAAGCCCUGCUACUCCUAGGUCCUCCAGCAGGGCUGCAGCUCCCAGUUCACCAGCUCCUCAGAAAUCUAAACAAAAGGCAAGCACUCCAGCUCCGACCCCACCUCCAACCAAAGCAGCUCUCAAGGCACUGCCUCCAUCAGCCACCAAGGGCAGCAAGGCAUCCAAGCAAAAGGACAAAAAGAAGGUUACUCAGAAACAGAAGGCUGCUCCUCCACCUCCUCCUCCAGAGCCAGAGCCAGAACCAGAGCCAGAGCCUCCCAAGCCAAAGGCUGAUGGACCUUGUAUCCUCAUCGCAGAAACAGCAGGAACAGUUGUUAAUGAAGAUGGUGAGAAGAUUUGGUAUUGUCCAGCCUGCAAGAAAGCAGAUGAUGGCGUCCUGCCAAUGAUUGGUUGUGAUACAUGUGAUGAUUGGUACCAUUGGGAAUGUGUCGGAAUAACAGAAGAACCAUCAACUAAUGACUGGUAUUGUAAACGAUGUCAGAAUAAAUCCAAAGGCAAGAAGAAGAAGGGCAGAAAGAAUUAGAUCCAUCAACUGUCGAGCUGUUGAAGGAGAUGUUUGAUGUUCCUUAACCAUUCUCAAUAUGCUAUAUUUCAGUUGUUCUUAUGGAAUACAAACUUGUGUUUCAAAGGAGCUCUGUAUCGACUGUAAUUGCAAUUUUACGGGAAAAAAUGACAAACAAAAUACAGGUAGUCAUUUAACUGAAGUGGAUUUUAAAGCAAUAGGUAAUUAAAUAGAAAGGAGUCCUCAGACUGCCCCCAAAAAUGUAAAAUUAAUUUCCUGUAUCUGU